UUACUAACAUGCGCGUGCGCAGCUCCCUCAACUGCAGUCUUGCGCCGACGAUGCUGCCGUUACUGCUGCUGUUUAGCACAGCCAGUGCAGAGGCUCCCAAAAUUCUUCAAAAGCCAAUAGACCACUGCCCCAGCAUCGGCUACUUCUUCGAGCGCCAGGACCUCCACAACUACCCUGGAACAUGCUACCUCUGCUAUUGCAAUAAUGAUAGCCAAGCUGUCUGUACUAUUCGGGACAGCGAGCGCUGUGAACACAACGAGUCAAGUGUGGAUAGGACGGAUCUUAGGGACUUUACUAAUGUGGAAGAACAUGGAGAAAGGACAGAAAAUAAUGAACGCAGAAGAUCCCGGCGGGGCUUAAUGGAGCUCUUCUUCGAAGAUGCCAAGAAAGAUGUAAUGUUGAAGAGUAUGACGCAAGCGAGCGGCGAAGAGUGCAAGCCAAAAUCAAGCAAGAGUAUAGGAUGUCCACCAAGGGACUGGUGCACCGGAUGUUUAGUUUGUGAUUGCGAUGAUAAUGGCGAGUGGAAAUGCCAUGUGAUGAGCUUCUGCGAAGAUAAAACUCCACGACCGAAAGCUAGAAAAAAUAAGAAACUGGAAAUAAAUGAAAUUGAUACUGCAGAAACUGAUGAAAGAAAGGAUACCACAAUGAAAACUAUUCCGAAAAAGAAAAACGACAAACGAUCUGUUAAACAUAAGAAAAAUAAGAAAACACCUAAACCUCAAACAAGCUCGACUAGCACGACAACAAAUAAACCCCAAAUGCAAAAAAUUGCUGUAAAGACGCUAACGCUAAAGAAGUUUAUGCGCAAAGACCAAAUAAAAAACAAUACUCCAGUUGUAGUCAUUAAGAAAUACAUAUCAACUAUAUCUCCAAUAGACUCUCCAGAUUUGCUGAAGUAUAAAAAUGACCCUCAAAAACUUGCACAAAUACUGUACCAGCAAUAUGAAGCCGCUACGAAAACACCACGUGAUUCCCACGCUGUUAAACGUGAAAUUAAACUAGAGAAGAUACUUAACAAUAAACAAAAAAGGCAUUUUGAACUAAAAUAUAACGCUAGAGGUAGAAAAACAAUGAACAUUAAAGAACACAAUGACUGGAAUAUAAAAAUGAGGUCAAGGAAAAUAGAGCGAGACCAUAUGAAAACUUUUACUAACACUAACAGUUUUUAUUCUAAACAAAACGAACUGCUGUCUCCGGAUGAAAAAAUUCGCUUAAAAAAGACACAGAAUUUUAAUAAACACAAUGAUAAAGGUAGUCACAUGAAGAAAGCAACAGUUAUUCUUAUUCCAAGAAUGAGAAGGAAUAAGAGGAAUGUUCUGCCACUGAUCGAGGUCCCAACUAAUUCAACUAUUAUGGAAAAUGACACGGUGAACAUCUCUGUGGUAAACGGCGACCAAGUAGAGGCAUUGACGAGUGUGCUUGGAAUAAACGAAAACAUUUCAUCGGACCUAAACAACUAUAAAUACACUGUUGAUAAUAUUGUUACGAAAAAAUACGACGAUGAAGUAACAAACAGUGGUAUUGUUAACGAAUCAACGAUAAAAUAUGUAGAUAUAAUUACAAAUAAUUACCAUGAUUUGGACACCGGAAAUAUUACAGCUACGGCCACGCCUAAUUAUACGAAUAUAGAAGUAGAAACCACUACUCAGCAAAUAAACUACGACUUGCAAUCCGUAGAUUUAAGUAAUUAUACUAUCAACGAAAUAUCUACUCAAGAUAAUCAGUUGCAUUUAGAAAAUAAUCAUACUUUGGAAACGACUACUUCAAUCGGUUAUUCUUCCGAUAAAAAUGUUUCUACUGACAAGAAAUUCAUAAUCAAUUACACAAAUUUGGAAACAACUACUGUUAUCAAAAAGAAUCGAGAAAUAAACAAUUCAGAUAAUAAAAUAAAUAAGAACACGAACUCGACAGAAAACAUGAUUAAAAAAGGAUAUAUUACAGAUAUAGACAAAAUUAUAAAAGAUCUUAAUAAAUAUACAUUAGAGAAAUGGAAUAAAACUAAUAAAACAAAUGAACUUAUUGCAAAUAUGUACACAGUUAAGCCAAAUACAUCAAUCAGUAGAACUUUCAAAUCAAGCACAGCCGAUUUUGAUAAAAUGCUGCAAAAUAUUUCUCAUAACAGAACAAAAAAUAAUUCAAAACAAAAUCGUAUGGUUGCUGUACAGUAUUUAAAAAAAUUAUAUAGUCAAUUACUGUCAACAAAAAAUAAUAAAUUACAGCUCAACAGCAUUGCUGUCAUGGAGUCGAUAUGUGAUACUUUUGGGCCUUGCAAAAUCAGCACUAAUAAAAUGGAAUUAUUGAAUAAUAAAAUUACUGAACUUAUAUCUGAAACUAAAAAAGCUUUGAACGUCAUAAGAAUUAUCAAAGGUAUUUUGCAAUCAAUUGAUGAUGAAGCGAAUAGCACUGACAAACACAUAAACGACGAGGUGGAAUUCAAAAGUUAUGUAAAAAAAUUAAACGCAGUAUUAACAGAUAGUUAUAAAAACCCAUUAACAGAAACUGAAUUAACGCAGAUGAAUUUUAUUAAAAAUAAUACAAAAAUAUUCAUAAAUUCAAUUGGAAAGUUUGCUUUUAUUUUAAAUGAUAUUUUAGAAAUAAUACAUUCAGAGAGAAUAAAAUUCAAUAAUUUACGAAAACGUAAAAUUUUAAUCAAGAGAGUUACUAGGCAUAAAGUAAGUGAACCAUUACAUAAAAUAAAAAAUCUUUUCUUGAAAUUUAAUGUGCUACAAAACUCAUUUAUGCGCAACAUGUAUCAAGCAAUAUCUGAUCUGGAAAAACAAAAUGAGCAAAAUGCAAUGCUUUAUGAUAAAAGCGUAAAUUAUCAGCGAGAUACAAGAUACAAAAAGUCGCUUGACAGGUAUAUGAAUAAAAUCAAUUACAAUUUGGAGAAAUUGAAGGUUUUAGCCCUAAAGGUGGGCGCAAAGGGAAGAAAAAAGAGAGAUCUUAUGGACCAUGAUGAUGCUGUGGAAUAUCUGCUGACACUGAUGGAGUAUUUGUUGAAACACAAUAAUCCAGUAGAUUCUCCACAAGUAGCAGACGGAAUAGACUUGCUGAUAGAUGCGAUUAGACGAGCCCCGGACAUAAGGCCGAUUAAGAAAACAAAUCUAACACAAACGUCUUUAAUGCCCACAUUUCCAAAGGUUAAAUCAACAACUAAAACAAGCAGCGAGUCCGAAGAUGAUAAUUCAAGGAACAAAAGUUCAAAGGAAGAUUUUAUAAAUGAUUUGAGUUAUGAAAAACAAUAUUCUAAUGACACAAGAAUAGUGACGCCAAAUAACGUAGAGCCUAAUGAAUAUAGAAGAAAGACUACAAAAUUAUCUCAGAAGUCUGCAUCUGCAAGCAUAACAACAUUAACAACUACAAAAUAUGUUGAUGUUGAAGAUAUGGCUUUUAACGGGGAUGAAGUUCCAAAAGUUUAUAUGGCUACGGUUCCUACUUAUGAAAACAUUGAUGACAGUGACUCUGAAAAAGAAGAAAAAAAACCAACUAUUCACAAAUCAGAAAUAAAAACUAACGAAUCAGCCAAUGUAGAAGAAGAACCAUCUAUCAUGACAAAUAGGACUGUUCUAGAUACGGAUGAUAAAAAAGAAAAUAACACCACAGUCACAGAAAAACCAAUUAUGACACAAUUUGAUAGACUAAAUGAAGAAUACGAAAAACAAAUAAAAGGAAAAGCUCCGUCGCCAAAGAAUCUUAAGUCAAAGCGCAAGAAAAAUAAACGUCCACGAAAGAAAACGAAAGUAGAUAAUAAAAGCGAUGUCAGUAGCAUUACGAAAGAAGUAGAUGAAGAGAAAACUAGAAAGAAAGUUAUAGUGGAAGAGGCCUUACUAAGGAAACACAUUGCCACUUCUACAGAGGAUGAUCCGUUUCAGAUCGAUGAUGAAAGUCUCUCAAGAGACGUAACGCAUUUUAAUUCCAUGCAUAAUGAGGUUUUUCCUAGUUAUUUUACUUAAUUCAUUAUUGUUGGUUUAGAAAAAUAUGGCACACAUAAUUGAGUCAUACACACAUAGUAGGUGUUUUA